AUGUCGACGGCAGCCGGCGGAGAUCGUGGAGCUCGCCAGGGGGGAUCUGGGAAGGGACCAGAGACCGAACCAGGUGUGGCAGACCUGUUUGGACGGUUGAAUCUCACCGAGGAGGAGGGUGAGGUCGCCGCCUUUAGUGAUGAUGAAGACGAGGACGCGGGGGUGCAGUGGGCGGUCGUAGGGAAGGUACUUUCUCCGUCGACUAUCCAUGCGACCACGAUUAAGGGCGCCAUGAAACCGGCAUGGGGCAACCCAUGUGGGCUGAAGAUCCGCUCAAUUGGAGAGAAGGCAGACAAUCUCUUCAUCGCUGAAUUCGGAGACAAAUUCGCAAUGGAGCGGGCGCUGGAGGGAUCACCAUGGCUUGUUGGCAAGCAUGCAGUUAUCCUCCGUGACUAUGAUGAUAGACUGGUUCCGUCAGAGAUUGUUUUCGACAAGAUCGAUCUCUGGGUCCGCAUCUUGAACUUGCCUUUGGGAUGGAUGAAUGCUCACCGUGGCACAAGGGCAAUGGGACUCGUUGGUGAUGUAAAGAAAAUGGAUGUUGAUGGAGACGGCAAAGCCAGUGGCCCCUUCCUCCGGGCGAGAGUGGCUAUCGAGCUAGCUAAGCCCCUCAGGAGAGGAGUUCUUCUGAAAACGGAUAGGGUGAAGCCACCGGACUGGUUUGAUCUACAGUAUGAGAAGCUGCCUUUUUUCUACCACUCUUGUGGGGUGCUGGGGCACGGGGAUCUUGAGUGUGCCACGCCGGCACCGAGGAAUGCUCUUGGCAAGCUGCUCUAUGAUAUCACGCUGAGAGCACCGGAGGACAAGAAGAAGAAGAUUCAGAGUCUGACACAAGCUGCCGCUGAGUCCUUUGGAAUGGUACUGUAG